AUGCACUUCUCCAAGUUCAUCCUGGCUGCUCUGCCUGCCCUCGCUCUCGCUGACCGAGACACCACCACUCAGACGUCUACCGCCGUUGUGACCAAGACCUACUACCUCUCUCAGGUCUACACCAUCACCGCCACUGGUGAGAGCACCACUGCUGUUGAGACCUCGGUCAAGGUCACUUCCACCGCUGUCGUCGAGGAGAAGACUACCUUCUGGCCUGUUGCCCACAACAACACCACUCCCGCGUCCACUCCCAAGGCUACCACCUCUGCUGGUACCACUGGUGGCUCGUCCGAGCCCAGCGAGGUUCCUGGAAACGCCGGAUCUGCCGUCGCUGUUGGCAAGUUCGCCAUCGUCGGUGUUGCUGGUAUGGUCGCCGCUGCUCUUCUGUAA